CGGGAGCGUCCCGCCCGCCGCAGAGCUGGGCUCCUGCGUCCCGACGGUGCGCCGCGGCCGGACCGGGCUGGCGGGCGGGCGGAGCCGGGCCGGCGGGGCUGCUGCGGGGCGAUCGGGCCGGGCUGCGGGCUGCGCCAUGGACUCCCGUGUCCAGCUGGAGUUCCAGCCUCACUGAGCCGGCCGCUCCCAAGAGCUUCCUGCCGAGGAGGCCCCAGGAGCACUGACCAUGUCUAUCAUGGACCACAGCCCCACCACGGGCGUGGUCACGGUCAUCGUCAUCCUCAUUGCCAUCGCCGCCCUGGGGGCCUUGAUCCUGGGCUGCUGGUGCUACCUGCGGCUACAGCGCAUCAGCCAGUCGGAGGAUGAGGAGAGCAUCGUGGGCGAUGGCGAGACCAAGGAGCCCUUCCUGCUGGUGCAGUAUUCGGCCAAGGGACCAUGCGUGGAGAGGAAGGCCAAGCUGAUGACCCCCAGCGGCCCAGAAGUGCACGGCUGAUCUGGGCCGCGAGGCUUCCUGUCCUGUCUGCAGCCAGCCGAGCAGCGCCGGGAGGGGCAGAACCACAGACAUGCUGCUGUCUGAGAGGAAGGGUUGACGCUUGCUGGCAUGGCCUCGGCGGGCUUCGUCAUCGCAUGCACUGACUCCAGGGUCCUGGCUGUCCUGGGCUUCCCCUUGGCCUCCUGGCGGGGCUGCCCAUUGCAGGCAGUGGGCAGGCCUGUCCUUGCUGGGGCUGCGGCCCCAUGGCGCUUUUGUUACUUGAAUGUUUGGCUGAGCCUGUUUUCGACAGAGCUACUACUGUAACGCGUGAACUAACAAAACCUGUGAACUGUACAUAGGCCCCAGAAGCACGUGCUUAAAGCCUUUUUUGCUGAAUUUUAAAAAUACCAUAUCGAGCACAUGGGACUGGUUGAUUAUGGCCACUCACGAUGAGCAGAGGCAAGACCACGGGGGUCUUAGACGUGUAAGGCCUGGGGUCGACUUGGCAGGAGUCUCUGAUGUCUACCUGCUUGUAAGUAAAAGCAGUGAGACGCCAGCUGGAAGUCUCUGGCUGACCAGUCUGGGUGCUUGGUGACAUCUGUCUGGUUGGUAGUGGAUGAAGAGCCACACCCCUCCCUCUUUUCUCCAGGUAGAUCCAGCUAUUAAGUAGCAGUGCCUGUUGAUGGCGUAUUGCAAGGAAGCUACGUUCCUGCUUGGGAGCCAGUGAGGGACGAGUCAGGGCGCGCGUCCCGAGGGCUGCCAGGCGCCUUGGUAGCAGAGCAGUAUCUUGCCUCUCUGGUCCUGGGUAUGCUGAGUACUCCCCUUGUCACAGCUUUGCUGAAGUCACUGAGCCUCAGAGAAAUGCCAGUGCUCUGGCUGCUUCUGUCAGCAGAAACCCAGUUGGCCCAGGAGAAGGGUUUUGGUUUUGUGUUUAAUAUCUCCUGCACUGGAGGGAGGAGGCGGAGGCUUGCCCCCCCCCCACGCUUUCCCUUUUCACAGGUUAGCUUCCUUUCCUCUCUGAUGACCGCCCACCUGCUGGGUAUUGGAUUUCACUUUCCUUAGUGGCCUCUGUCUCAAGUCCCCUGAUCUCUUCAAAGGCCCUACAUGCAGUGCUACCUGCCAGCACGUGCUUCGCACAGGGAGAGGGAGUGAAUUUGAAGUUCAGGAAUUGGUUCUCAUGGAUGAGUUGGUGGCUUUCAGUGGAGCCAGCCUGUAUCUCAAGGUGUCCCUUGUGAGCUCGCUUAGGUUUUUAAUCCGACCACUGUAAGCACAUUCUACACCAUCACUAAAAUGCAACUUGUCAUCCUGGGUCACCAACCAGAGGCUGGCCCUGGCUUAACUUCCGAGUGCCGCCCUACGCACUUGAGCCGCCUGCAAGCAGCAUGGUGGGAGGCACAGAGCUCGGUCUCCUGGCCAUGCUGGGGCGAUUCUUUUGUCCAGCUAAUCCCUUUUCUAGAGCCCUGGGGUGUGGGGGGGCAGUAGGGAGCCUUCUUUUUAGCAGCAUACACCUAAAUUGGGGUUCAGACAUAAAGCAGCAGCCUAGGGUGGGGAGGGGGUGGCUGACAAGACCUUCCGUGCUGCAGGAGAGCGGUACAGGAAAUGCCCUUGGCCCUGACAGGGUGGCACAGCUGGGAAGAGGUGGUGGAAGGACAGCUGGCCAUAAGCAGAGGUGGGCAGGUGGGGCUGAGCUGGGAGCAGCAACCCAGCCACGGCAGCCAGACCCCAAGGGGAGGACAGAAGGCCCAAAGGUGCCCACGGAGGACCAGGGCAGGUCUGCUCUGGGCAGCUGGGUGAAGCUGGGGUGUUGGGUCCACCCUCUCCCUUUCAGAUCUCCAGGCUUGCUCCUGCUACCCAGGCCCUUCAGCUCUGUGAGUGGCAGGAGCCACACCUUCAGCCUCUGGCCCCGCCCCCUAGCCGACCUCGCUCUCCCUGCCCCUGCAGUUCUCACGGUGCAGCUGUGGUUUGUUUCGAGAUGAUUAACGCUGCUUUCUCAUCAGUUUCACUUUGGAGGUUCUCUUGCCCCCUCCAGUAGCCAGGGACAUCUGUAGACCUUGAGUCGGCCCAUCAGCAGGUAGCAGUGCUGGGUGAGGGAUAGGCCGGGUGGGGUGCUGGUGGGGGUCUUUGGGAGGAACAUGACAAUGUCUGAGGAACUGGGAACACAUAAUGGCUGUCCCUGUUCCCAUCAUCAAUGGCUACUUUUUUUAGCGUAGAUACCAGAGCCACACACUCAAAUGGCUUAGUAAGUUAUGCCCUCUCUUGAAUUCUUUGUCAAUAGCCCAACUGUUGUUCCAGUCUUCCGAGACCAGUCAAGAAUCAACCCCCCCCAGGUCAUGGCAGAAGCAGCUGUAGGGCAGUGGGAGGGACGCUCUGACACUAAGCCACGGAAAUAUGGACCGAUUUUGCAGACAGAUGUUCAAAUGGACUGUGCUACUGUUUUCUCUCGAAGCUACCAAGUUUGUGCAAUAAGUGGAAGGGAUGUCAUCCCUGUUCAAUAAAAGCUGAAUGACAUUCACGCUGAUUUUCUAGACCACUGAGAAAAUCUUUAUUUACAAUAAAUUUCAAUAAAAUUUGCAUAAAUAUAUUCCCAA